CCCGGAACAACAAACAGCAACAUCCAAAUCCAAUACCCAGGAUACAAACUGUUCUGAGUCUCUGCACAUCAGUCUUCGCCCCCACUGAUUCGUUCGUCCAGCCGAGAAGAAGAAGAGCUGCAGAAGCAGAAGAGAAGAUGAGCAAGCUCUGGACCAUCCUCACCCACCUCCACACCCUCGCAGGGCCUGGGGUGAUGCUCCUGUAUCCCUUGUAUGCGUCGGUGCAGGCGAUGGAGAGCCCGUCCAAGCUGGACGACGAGCAGUGGCUGGCCUACUGGAUCCUCUACUCCUUCGUCACGCUCGUCGAGAUGGUCCUCGAGUCCCUCAUCUACUGGAUACCGAUCUGGUACGAGCUGAAGCUGCUGUUCCUGGCGUGGCUGGCGCUGCCCAACUUCAGGGGAGCGGCCUUCAUCUACGACAGGUUCGUCAGGGAGCAGCUCAGGAAGCACGGCCUCACCAACCACCCCGGCAGCGGCAUCAGCAGCAAGAAGGAGAACGGCGGCAGGGUCGACAAGUCGUCCUCGCCGUCGACGUCUCCCAAGGAGAAGGAGAACGCCAAGAGCAGAUUCCUCUCCUUCGUCGCACCCAAGAAAGAUCACUGAGAUGUGAGAUUGGAGCAGCAACCAGAGCAUCCCUCUGCGGCUAGCUUUGAUGGCUUGUACUAGUUUGUUUGAGAUUUUUAGCUUGUGGUGUUGGAGUAUCUUGUCCAAAAAAAAUUGUGCUACGACUCACUCCAUAUAUGAGGCCCAUGGUUGCAGGCUAGCUAGAUGGUGGCUUGUGGUGUCCUGGUGUUGUAGUACGUAUUACAUAUCUGUCCAGAAAAAUGUAGUACUCAGAGGUUUCAUCUCAUUCUGAUCUCAUUCCUGCGUCUUAA